GGUCUUUUGCCUUUUUGUCUUUUGGAGGACUUUGAGUUUUGGGUUUGCGACGAACUUUCUCUUCUUACUGGUUACCAGCGGCCGCAGGCAGCAGCGCGGACGCUGCGGCCUUUUCGGGUGUACGUACACCUCGUCCACACUGCCGAGGGGCCCGGGCUGGCCGCCGAGGCCAGCGCCCUUAUCCGCAGAGUCCCGCUGAAGCCUCGCAAGCAGGCUUCUAGGCGCGCAGCAGCAGCAGCAAGCAGCAGCAGCAGCAGCAGCAGCAGCAGGGGCUUCGAGGAGGCGGAGGAAGACCCCGCUGCGCCUGCGGAGACCCUCGUUAACCUCCUCCUGGCUCCAGAAGAAUCCCCCUUGGCCCACGUGAGAGAAAGUCUUCUUAGAGUUGAGGCCCUCAGCCACAUUCUCGUCUGGACCCAAGCAGCAAGGGGCCCCCGGGGGCCCCACGACGUCGAGGCCCUUAGCUGCGAGGGCGGGGACAUUGACGCCAUAGAGCUGCCCAGGUAG